CAGGCGAGCAGCAAUUCCAUCGUGUCUUCGUAGCAGCAGGUGGUCACCGCGCGCCCAGCACUUAACCACAGCCUGUUAAUUGGAUUACGCCAAGUUUCCACGACAGAGCCCACGGGCUGAAAUGGACGGAAUAGAUUAACUUUUUCUUCUUUUUUUGUGAACCAGCCCAGUUCUCUUUUUCUUCUCUCAAGGACGCUGAAAGUGACGCUGUAAAUUGGUAGAUAAGACUUUCUUUUUAGCGGACUGCACGUUUCUGCGUGCCUAGUGCUCUCGUGCUCAAGACUGUUGACAGUUUUUGUUUUUUUUUUAAUAUAUUUUUUUCUUUUUAAAGUUGAAGUUAGUACAUUGUUAAUAAUGGCGUUCGGUAGAUUCAGUAAACUAUUUCGUCUACCCACCAUGGAUAUGAAAAAGAAAGCCAAACAGUACGAGCACGUCAAUCGGGACGUCAAUCCCAACGACAUUUGGGAAAUUAUUGGCGAGCUGGGCGACGGUGCUUUUGGAAAGGUCUACAAGGCCAGAAACAAGGAGACAGGAGUUCUGGCUGCUGCCAAAGUGAUCGAGACCAAAUCUGAGGAAGAGUUGGAAGAUUACAUAGUCGAGAUUGACAUCUUGGCUAAAUGUGACCACCGCUACAUUGUCAAGCUGCUUGAUGCUUUCUAUUAUGAGAAUAAACUCUGGAUCAUGAUUGAGUUCUGCCCUGGAGGCGCUGUGGAUGCCGCCAUGCUAGAGUUGGAUCGGGGGCUGACAGAGCCCCAGAUUCAGGUAGUUUGUCGCCAGAUGUUGGAGGCGCUAGACUACCUCCAUGGAUUGAAGAUCAUCCACAGAGACCUGAAGGCUGGUAACAUCCUCCUAAUGCUGGAUGGUGACAUCAAACUGGCUGACUUUGGUGUGUCUGCAAAAAAUACCAAAACGUUGCAAAGAAGAGAUUCUUUCAUUGGAACACCAUACUGGAUGGCUCCAGAGGUGGUCAUGUGUGAGACAAUGAAGGAUGCACCAUAUGACUACAAGGCCGACAUCUGGUCUUUGGGAAUCACUCUGAUCGAGCUUGCGCAGAUUGAACCCCCACACCACGAGCUCAAUCCCAUGAGGGUGCUAUUAAAGAUCGCAAAGUCUGAGCCUCCUAGCCUGGAGCAGCCAAAGAAAUGGUCACAGGCAUUUAAUGACUUCCUGCGGAAAUGUUUGGAUAAAAACCCAGAGACUCGCCCAACUGCAGCUCAAAUGUUGGAGCACCCUUUUGUGAAAUCGGUGACGACCAACCGUCCGCUGAGAGAGCUGGUGGCUGAGGUCAAGGCUGAAGUCAUGGAGGAAAUUGAAGACAAUAGAGAGGAAGGAGAGGAAGACGAGGGCAUGGACCUUACUGUGUCCUCAGCCAAGGAGCCAUGCCAGACUAGUCAGACCAGUUUGGAAGGUGACCAGCCCCCGGACACCCCAAGCCCUACCACACCUUCUUCACCUGCACCAGUACCAUUCCCCAGGAAGCUGAACCAGCCAGAUACAUCAACAGAGGAAGAACCAGGCUCCACCAUGGCAGUCCCUGUACCCCUGCCACGGCAGAAUGUCCAUAAGAAAGAUCCAGAUGAGGUGGGAGACAAAAUGGGUGAAAUCCUUGAGAAAUCAGAGUCUGAGAAAUCUGAGAGUGAGUCCUCAACCAAGACUACCUUCUCAGACUCUGGUAUUGAGGAUGGGAAGAGUACACCCACACUUGAGGAGGAAAAGGUUGCCGGAGACACCCCAGAGACAGAACAGCCACCAUCUCUCUUUGAUAUGGAAUCUGAGAGAUCUGAGGAAUGUACGAUAAACUUUAUAGGUUCAACAGAACCAGAGGUCCCCAAGAUCCCAGCUAAUGGAGAAUUGCCAACUUCAAGUGGUGUUUCGAUUCCUGUACCUUCGCCUGCAUCUUCCUCUGCUCCCACCCAGGUAGCAAACGGCAGCCUAAUAGAGGAUUCCCCUGAGAAGAAACCAAUGGGAGCAAACGCUGAUCCUGGUUCAUCUUAUCUCAAUGGAGGGAUUAUUGAGCAGUUGUCCUAUUCAGGCAGCAUGGCAUCUGAGAGCAUGGAUUUGUCUGUCCACAGGGAGAACACAUCCAUUAGUGCACGGAACUUUUCAGAUAAGACUCUGAGGCGGACCAGAAAGUUUGUUGUUGACGGUGUGGAGGUGAGUGUGACCACCUCCAAGAUCAUCAGUGACGAUGAGAAGAAAGAUGAGGAGAUGAGAUUCCUCAGGCGGCAGGAGCUGCGCGAGCUCCGUCUGUUGCAGAAGGAAGAGCAGCGAGCCCUGGCUGCUCUGAAUGCCAAACUCGAAACACAAAGGGAACAAAUACAAAGACGUUUUGACCAGGAGAUGAAUACCAAGAAGAAGCACUUUGAUACAGAGCUGGAGAAUCUGGAGAGGAACCAGAAGCAGGCAAUUGAGAAAAUGGAGGAAGAACACAAAGUUAAACUGAAAGAAGAAACCAGGCGUAUCAAAGCAGAACAGGAACGAGACUAUCACAAAUUCCUGGACCAAAUAAAACUAAAGAAAAAGGAGGUAAAACAAUCUGUUGAUAAGCUGCCCAGAAGUCAGCGUAAAGAAACCUUAAAACAGAAGAUGAAUUCCUUCCAAGAAAUGAAGAUGUCAGAGGAAGAGAAAUUCCUUGUAGCUCAGAAAAACUAUCUGCACAUCACACUGAGGAAUAUCAUUUCCAACAACAAGAGAGAGAUUGCAGACCUGGAGAGGGAUUGUCUUAACAAGAAGCAAAGCCUAAUCAGAGAGCGUGAAAAUACGAUGUGGGACAUGGAGCAGAAGAACCUUUAUGAGAAACAUCAGUUGGUGAAGCAGCAGAUGAAAGAUCAGUACUUCCUCCAGAGGCAUCAGCUUCUCAAAAAGCAUGAGAAGGAAAAGGAACAGAUGCAGAGUUACAAUCAGCGAAUGGUUGAGAUCCUGAAAACUAACCAGCAGCUGGAGAAGAGCCGACUGCCUAAGAUUCAGCGCAGUGAGUCAAAGACUCGAAUGACCAUGUUCAAAAAGAGCCUUCGCAUUACCUCAUCGGGCAGUGCUGCAGAGGACAAGGAGAAGAUCAAACUGUUUUCUCAGCAGGAGGAGAAGCGGCAGAAGGCGGAGAGGCUGCAUCAGCAGCAGAAGCACGAGAACCAGAUGAGGGAGAUGACUGGUCAGUGUGAAAGCAAUAUCAGAGAGCUGCUGCAGCUACAGAAUGAAAAAUGUCACCUGUUGAUUGAGAAUGAGACUCAGAGGCUCAAAAUGUUGGAUGAGCAACACAAUUAUAUGAUGAAGGACUGGAGGGAACAACUGAAGCCCAAAAAGAAGGCCCUUGAAGAUGAACUGAAUGCCAGGAAAAGGGAGCAGGAGGCUUUCUUCAGGAUGAGUGAGAGUUCCGACUGUCCAAACCCCAGUUCUCCCAACAGAGUCUCCAAAUUUAUGCCGUAUCAAGAUGAGACUACCACAUGAGAACAGAUGCUGUGACAUUACACAAUAUUAUCUUCUGCCCACUAAUGUAUACACACCCACUGGUACCAUUGCCUGCUGGCCUUCUUUUUUUUUCUCUUGCUUUACCAGUAAUGGCAGAAUACUGAUCCUUCCAUUAGGUUUCUUUAUUGUUUUAGUAAAUAUUUAUGUUUUUAUUCAUGUUCUGAUGUGCGUCAUUAGACACCCUGACAUAAUAUCUACUCCCAUACAGUGUUUGCUUUCUUUUUCUUUUCAAGCAUGCUUCAGAUUUCUCAAUAAUGUGAUACAAAGGCCAUUUAUUGGGGUGAGCUGAAGAUACCAAAUUAUCUGUUUUAAUGAUUAAAUAUUCAGAAAAACCACCUUAUGAUUAGGCAACAGGUUUUUUGUUUUUUUCCAAAGCACCCAGCCAGAGAUCAUUUUUUCCACGAUAACAAGGAAUGCUAUAAAUAUUAACGACCUAGUAAAUGAGUACUUGCUUACCUUAAUUUUUCAAGGUUAUCUUUCAAAUAAGACCAAAAACUCCUCUAGAAAUGUUUUGAUUUACUGAAUCUUUUUUUUUUAUUUUUUUAUUUCCUGUUCUCUGUGCCUUACUUUGCCUUUGCUGCCAAAGUUUGCCUUUAUUUAUUUUUACUCAAAGAACAUUAUACAGCUUACCCCUAUAUAGUUUUGAUUUACUUUGUCUUUUAAUCAUGGAAUGAAGGAUGUGAUGAUUUUGUGUCUUUUUUGUUUUAAAUGAGGGAUAAGGCUGAAUGCAAUGUAUCUUUGAAUUUAAUGGUUUCUUUUAAGAUUUCGUUGUUAACUAAUAAGGGAACUCAAGUUUUGUUGUUUUUUUUUCAGUAUUGCUCAGUUAUUUUUUCUGUUGUAUCAUUACUGUAGAAAUCAGUCACACUGGAUGGGAACUGACAAAGCCAGAGCUGUUUGGUUUUUUUUUUUGUUUUGUUUUUCUUUCAGGAUGUUAUAGAGGGGAGUUAAAUUUGAAUUGUUAUGCAACAUGCAGUAAAUGCUAACCAAUGUGCAAUAUUAUAUGUUUUUGCUAAGCUUACAGAGGUUUAUUUUUCUUAAACUUUGCCUUCCUUUGCACUGAGAGCAAGAAUAACAUGAAGAGCUUAAACCCAAAAAUAUAUAUGUUAACUUUUUUUGGGAGGUGAAUAAAAGCCUUUGGUUAAGAGUGAUUUAACCAUUUUAUAAUUUUUAGGUAUUCAAUAGCAAUAAUUUAGGUUUUUACACAAUAGUUCUUCACAUCAUUUUAAGGGGAUGCAACAAUUCAGUCUGCUGUAAGAUGCCUCUAGCUGUUUAAUUUUCUACUUAAAGUUUGCAGCUCAAAAUCAUCAUUUCUUGAGUGAGGAGCGGUUUUAUUGGAGCAGUUUGCAUCAGCUAACUGCAGUUGGCCUGCAGAUUUACACUGAAUCAGGUCCACAAUCAGGUACAGCUUAAUCUCUCUUAUAUCAGAAGUAUUUACAUUUACAAUUCUUUUCUUACCGUUUACUGGCUCUGUAUCUCUGACUCUCUGCCUUAGUUUACAUAACAUUAUUUGUGUGGAGGGACUGUAUGAAUAAAUUUUUUUUCAGAAGGAACCACUGUUGUAAAUAAAUGCAGAUUUUAUAAUU